AUGAGAACCCCACCUCUCUGGCUCGCCCUGGCCCACGUCUUACUGCAUGCCAACGCACAACAACUCCCCUAUAACCCAACAUCUAUCUUCCUCGCGCCCGACAAUGAGCAAGCCUACAUCCUACUACCUUCUUCCUCCAGCGCCCCUGCCGGCGAGCUGCUUGCCCUUGACAUCUCCUCGCGCAUCGAUGUAGCGAAGCUCUCGCCGACCGUCCUCUCGAAGAGUUUGCCGUUCUUAAAGGGGAGCAACGAUGGUAUCGCGUUCAUACCGGCGAUGAAGCCGUCUGGCGAUAUCGGUGUGUACGCAGGUUCAUGCGCGUUGAACUCGUCCGUGUGGACAUACAGCUCGGGGAGCGCGAAGUCAGGAAAGUGGUCCGAGACAGCGGUAUCCGACUCCGCAGACACCACGUCGUCAGAGCUGCGCAAUACAAACUUCCUCGCGGCAGGCCUCUACUUCUCGACAAAGUCAGAGGCAGAUGCCGCGAAUACGCCGAUGUUCGUGCUGGGCGGGAUGUGCCCCACGGUUGCGAACACCAACGCAAACACCUGGCAAGCCUCGGCAAACUACACAAACACACUGCUCAAGCUCACGCCCCCCAAGUCCACAGGAGCCUCCGCAUCAUACACCCUCUCUCUUGGUGCUGCGGACGGCCAAAAACUGGUUCCGGAAGCUGGCCACACAAUCACCUCUCUGGCACCAACGCUCGCGAACGCGAGCUCCUCGGCGGGCGCAGAGCACGUCCUCAUCGGCGGACACACGGCCGGUGCGUUCAUUGGGAUGGACCGCGUUGGGGUCCUAGCCCUGCCGGAGGGGACGUGGACGUUCCAGUCCGUCAGCGCGCGCAAUCUUCUGGGAGGAGGGGGGCUGGCGGUAAUUAGGGCGUCGGGGGAUGAGGUACCAGAUUCCAGGUCGGGGCAUACGGCGCUGUUGAGUGGAGAUGGGGGGAGGAUUGUGGUGUUUGGGGGGUGGGUGGGAGAUGUGGAUACACCUGCGGAACCGCAGCUGCUGGUGCUGCAGCUUGGUGGGGAUGGGGACUGGGCUUGGGAGGUUCCCAAUGCGGCGGGUAGUGGUAUUGGCGGAGGGGAGGGGAUUUAUGGGCAUGGUGCUGUUAUGCUUCCUGGUGGCGUCAUGAUGGUCGUCGGUGGACGCAGGAUUUCGUCUGCGGCGUCUAAGGAGAAGCGGGCGGAUAACAAGUUGCAGACGUUGCUUCUCGAUACUACGACUAUGACUUGGGUCAACGACUAUACGAAUCCUUCAUUUGCCAGUCCGAAUCCUGCUGCUACGGCCGGUACAACCGAUCCGGCGGCGCCAGGCUGGGAUGACAACUCGAAGAAAGUGAAGAUAGGAGUUGGCGCGGGUAUUGGUGGAACGGUGGCGAUAGCAAUAGCCGCCCUCUGUAUCUGGUACGCGCGGAGGGCUCAUGCCAAGAGGGUUGGAGAGAGACACCAGAAGCUCCAUGCUCUCAGCCAGGCAGCGCAUUGCGAGGGACGAGACUCGUUUUAUGGGCCAUACAACGGCGAGAUGGUGCAGAGGCAAAAUAGCCAGAAUCUUGGGAACCGGAGCAUGGGUGUUGGAGGGGGAAAUGCCGGCGGUGCAGCGUAUGAGGCACUCUCAUAUGGCGGUUAUGAUUACAAGGAUGAUAGGAAUCUAAGCUAUGUCGUUCCGGCGCAGAGGAGCAGCUUCACUAUACCGCGGAAGCCAAAGAGCUCGAGGAAUUCGCGGGGAUACAGCCAGCCGCCGCUAUUGUCUACGAACCAAUAUUCUAGCUUUGAUUUCGGGACAAACCACACGAGGGCGAAUAGUCUGGGGACUGCGGGCACGAUCCACCCUAUUUACGAAGCGGACGAGGAUAAUGAUAUUGCUGACGCCGGGUUGUUGAAUGUCGGCCAGGCUGUUGAAUACCCUCCAUCGUCCUCGAAUGAUCACUCCGAUCCGUUCACCGAGCCACGUCAGGUUUCAACAGGAGAUAUACGCCCUUACCAGCUCCACCCCCCCGCCAAUCCCCAUUCACUAGACCGCAAUACUCCCUCGCCAGACUCGGCCGCCAAAGAAUGCGAGCGCGAAGUCAACGAAUGGGUCGCUGACUGGGCGGCCGCCGACGCCCUAAUGGGAAGCCAUUCUCGCUCCCAAUCCAUGACACAAAGCGGACGCCUUAUCCCAAGGAAAGAAUCCACCUCUGGACGCACAGCAAGCAAUCUCAGCGAACAGAGCGCCGUGACCCUGAGCCGGAGCGACAGUCAAGCCACGCGGAGCAACUCUCUCACCGCGUUCUUCACAGGCGGCGCCGCCGGAUGGAACCCCUUCGCAUCAUCCAGCGCUUCUGGGCCAACAUCAGGCACCGUUGCGCGCCGCGUCGAGUAUGUCCACGGCGUGUACGCGCCGAGCAGCGGCCGUGCGACCGCCGAAGGAUACUUCACCAACGGGUCCAUCAGCACUACAUCCGACCGCUCGGGCGGCACGCUGACAGCCCCGCCACCGCGUAGCGCAGAUAGCGGUAGCGUCAGCGGUGGCUCGGCCAGCUUCGUCACCGCGCUUUCGGGGGGAAGCUUCCCGGCCUUACGCGUCGAGGCAGAGUCACUGCUCCCACGGCCGGGUGAGUGGGGGUCUGGAAGCCCAAGUAAAAGCAAGGGGCUCAAGAAGCCGCCCGGAUGGUUGGGAAGUUUUAAAAAGGUGUUUGGACAGGAGGAGUGGGUGAGCGGGCCUGGUGUGGAAGAGGGGGAGAGAUAUGUUGAUUCCCCAUCACCUAUCCGUGCGGCCUUUGGGAGUGAACCCUAUCGCGACGAUGAGACAGUGCCGAAGCGCGCGGCGAGCGCGGGGUCGAUGCUGUGGCGGCGUAAGCAGGGAAGAGGGGACUGGGAGGAUAGCGCUGAUGAGGGUGCGGUAGGGCCUCGACCGUACUCGGUUGCGGGACUGGAGACGGCGCCACUAGCGGAGGAAGGGGAGUGGGAUGUCGAGAAAGCGGUGAGGGGCAGGGUGGUGCAGGUUAUGUUUACGGUGCCGAAGGAGAGGUUGCGCGUGGUGAAUCAGGAUGAGGGCGUCGAGGAUGAUGAAAGCGAUAUUGGGAUGCAGAGGGAAGGAAGUCCCACUCGGGAGGGGCGCGAUGAAGAGGGUAGGAUGGCGACCCCGGAGCCGGAGGAUGGGAGGGCUUCGCCGCCGACUCCCAUCAAGAGGAUUGCCUCGCCACAGACGCCAUCCAAUAAGGCGGCUCCGGACACUCCUCUGUCGAGUCGGUCUACAUCGCCAGCGAAGAGCUUGAGAGGGAAGAGGGUCCAGGAGAUUGUGGAUCAGAUGGAGAGGAGGGAGAGUAUGUGAGUGUUCACUCUCGGGAUUCACAUGUGAGGAUUACAAGACAUGUUUGGGAGUCUGGGUGGGGAUUUAGGGGCGUUGGAUGUUUCUGGUGCUGGAUGUU